AUGUCGCUGAUAAUAAUAUGUCUAUUGAAAUUGUAACUGAGGAUUUUUGGGAAGGUACUAAUUGUCAAAUGCCUACUGAAUCUGUAAAUCGUACAAGAUCUUUUGAUUUAGAUGUUGAAUUAAAUACAGAUUACACUUAUGAAGAUGAAGCUGAAAUGUCUAUUGAGAUUAUUACUAAUGACUUUGAUGAAGGUACUAUUUCACAAAUGCCUAUUGAUUCUGGAAUUAACACAGCUGGUUCCACACAUUGUUUACUUCCAAAACGAUUAUUUGAAGGCACAUUAAAAAAUAUAAAUUUUCAUCGAAAAACAGAUUUGACACCUAGAAAAAGUUUAUUGUAUAAUGUGACCAAGAGAUAUAAGCAAAGAAAUUUAGUGUUAAGUCAACGUUAUGCUAGUGCUAAGAAACGUAUUCAAAAAGCUGAAAAAUAUAUGAAUAGUAAUUCCAAGCAACUUAACAGACUGAAUUAAUUUUCGUUGAAU